UUCCACAAUCACCUCUCUGUCUGACAGCCGCGAUGAGAAGAGGGAGGCAGGGAGGGGAGAAAUAGAUGGAGAAGAAAUCACACUACUGCUUCAAUAUGCAAUCAGUUUGGCAGCUACAGUGACUGAGCAACAUCAUCUUGAGCAGGGGAGAGGGAGUUUUUUUUGUAUCUGUGAGUGGGAGAGAAUGAGAUCAGGAGUGAGAAAGGCAAAAAAAAAAGAGACAGAGAGAAGGAAAAAGGAGGAGGGAGAGAGCAAGUGUGCAGCUUUGAGGCGUUCCAUCAUCCACCAAACUCCUGCAGCUUCCCUCUUCCCUCCUCCUCCUCCUCCUGGAGAGAGAGACAGAGCAACAGAGAGAAGAGUGUGAGAGAGAGAGAGAGAGAGAGAGAGAGAGAGAAAGAAAGAUAGAGGGAGCAACAGAGAGAGAGCAAGAGAGUCAGGCUUACAAGCCAGCGGAGAAGAGACGUCAAGAGGAGGAUCUACAGAGGGAGAAAAAAAAUCCUUCUCUCUCUUCUGCUGCCUCUCUUCGCGCAUCCUACGGGCAGCGAGGAGCGAGGAGGAUCCGGCUGGCAUAUUUUCUACGCUGCUUCCCCGUGAUUUCUGUGGCUGUAUCACAGUGGGUGGAGCGCAGGGAGAGCCGCCGAGAGCUCGAUCGGUGACACCGCUCCGCAGCAGAAGAGUACUGUAGAAGAGCCGGGAUGCUUAACAACCUGACCGACACAGAGGAGGGGGACGGGGGAGCGCAAAGCCAGGGUGACAGUAACCCCAAGGAGAACAGCCCCUUCAUCAACAGCAGUGAUGCUGCCGAAGAGAAGACCCAGCAGUAUGACGGCAAGAACAUGGCCUUGUUUGAGGAGGAGAUGGACACCAGUCCUAUGGUGGCGUCUCUUCUCAGCAGCCUGGCCAACUACUCCAACCUGCCACAAGGUAGCAAGGAGCACGAGGAGGCCGAGAACAACGAGGCUGAGUCAUCGCGCAAGAAACCCGUCAAGGCCCCCGCGCUCGGCACUCUGAUGGGCGUCUACCUGCCGUGCAUCCAGAACAUCUUCGGAGUGAUCCUCUUCCUCAGGAUGACCUGGUUGGUGGGAAUCGGAGGUGUCAUUGGGACCUUCUUCAUAGUCUUCAUGUGCUGUACCACAACCAUGCUGACUGCCAUCUCGAUGAGUGCCAUCGCUACCAAUGGAGUAGUGCCAGCUGGAGGCUCCUACUACAUGAUAUCCCGUUCACUGGGCCCUGAGUUUGGGGGAGCAGUGGGGAUCUGUUUCUAUCUGGGGACAACCUUCGCUGGAGCGAUGUACAUCCUGGGGGCCAUUGAGCUCCUCCUGAUCUACAUAGCACCCAAAGCGGCCAUCUUUCCCCUGGAGGGCCUUGAGGGUGCCGAAGCAGAGGCUGCCCUGCUGAACAACAUGCGUGUGUACGGCACCAUCCUGUUGAUCUCCAUGGCCACGGUGGUGUUUGUGGGCGUGAAGUACGUCAACAAGCUGGCCCUGGUGUUUCUGGCCUGCGUCAUUCUCUCCAUCCUGGCCGUCUACGCCGGGGUCAUCAAGACCGGCAUCGACGCUCCCGAAUUCCCCGUGUGUAUCUUGGGCAACCGCACUUUGGUGUGGAAGUCCUUCGAUGUGUGUGCCAAGACCGUUGAGACAGCUAAUGGGACAGUCACCACCCAGCUGUGGCGCAUAUUCUGUGACUCACCUUUCCUCAACGCUACCUGCGACAAGUACUUUACAGCCAACAAUGUGUCUCAGAUCCAGGGCAUCCCAGGGGUCACCAGUGGAAUCCUGGCAGACAAUCUGUUUGGGACUUACUAUGAGAAGGGGGAUCUGAUUGCCAAAAAGUUCACAGAGUCAGCGGAAGACCAGGAUGACCCUCUGACCAACGCCAACCGCUACGUGUUGGCCGACAUCACCAGCUUCUUUACAUUGCUGGUCGGCAUCUACUUCCCCUCUGUGACAGGUAUCAUGGCUGGCUCCAACCGCUCCGGAGACCUGCGUGAUGCCCAGAAGUCAAUCCCCGUUGGAACCAUUGCAGCUAUCUGCACCACCUCUUUCGUCUGUAUCCUCUCAAUACUGCCCUCUGGGUAUUGCAUUCAACCUUGUCCCAUUUCCUUAAGGUUUGGAGAGGGAGUCCACGGGAAUUUGGUGAUUGGCACGUUGGCUUGGCCGUCACCAUGGGUGAUCGUGAUUGGCUCCUUCUUCUCCACCUGCGGGGCAGGGCUGCAGAGUUUGACAGGAGCUCCUCGUCUCAUGCAGGCAAUCGCCAAGGACGGCAUCGUGCCCGCCCUUCGGAUAUUUGGCCAUGGAAAGGCCAACGGAGAACCCACAUGGUCCCUGCUGCUGACAGCUUGUAUCUGCGAGAUCGGCAUCCUCAUUGCUUCCCUGGAUGCAGUGGCUCCCAUCCUCUCCAUGUUUUUCCUGAUGUGCUACAUGUUUGUGAACUUGGCCUGUGCUCUGCAGACACUGCUAAGGACUCCAAACUGGAGGCCCCGCUUCAAGUUCUACCACUGGGCUUUGUCCUUCCUGGGGAUGAGCUUGUGUCUCACUCUGAUGUUCCUCUGCUCCUGGUACUACGCCAUCGUCGCCAUGGUUAUUGCCGGCUCUAUCUACAAGUAUAUCGAGUUUGCAGGUGCGGAGAAAGAGUGGGGUGAUGGGAUACGAGGUGUGUCUCUGAGCGCUGCACGUUACGCUCUCAUGCGGCUGGAGGAAGGUCCACCGCACACCAAGAACUGGAGGCCCCAGUUGCUGACGCUGGUUAGUACAGACGCAGAGCAAAACGUGGAGCAGCCUCGUCUGCUCUCUCUGACCAACCAGCUGAAGGCAGGCAAAGGUCUGACCAUUGUUGGAACAGCUCUAGAGGGCACCUACCUGGAGAACAGCGAGCAGAGCCAGCGUGCAGAGAAGGCGCUGCGCAAACUGAUGGAGACUGAGAAGGUGAAGGGCUUCUGUCAAGUGACCGUGUCCUCGAACCUGCGUGAUGCCACCUCCCACCUCCUCCAGGCCAGUGGGCUAGGAGGCCUGAAACAUAACGCUGUGCUGGUAUCCUGGCCACGCAACUGGAGGCAGGGAGACGAGCACCAGACCUGGAGAAACUUUGUUGAGUUGGUCAGAGAAACCACCGCCGCUCACCUGGCUCUGCUUGUCCCGAAGAACAUCUCGGCCUUCCCGUCCAAUGGAGAGCGCUUCACUGAGGGUCACAUCGACGUGUGGUGGAUUGUCCACGAUGGAGGCAUGCUGAUGCUGCUGCCCUUCCUUCUCCGCCAGCACAAGGUUUGGAGGAAGUGCAAGAUGCGCAUCUUCACUGUGGCCCAGUUGGACGACAACAGCAUCCAGAUGAAAAAAGACCUGACCACAUUCCUCUAUCAUCUCCGUAUUGACGCCAUGGUGGAAGUUGUAGAAAUGCAUGACAGUGACAUCUCAGCCUACACUUACGAGAAGACCCUGGUGAUGGAACAACGGUCGCAGAUGCUUAAACAGAUCAACCUGAGCAAGAAUGAGCGUGAGAGAGAGAUCCAGAGUAUCACUGAUUCAUCCCGCGGGUCAAUCCGCCGUAAGAACCCGGCCGCCGUGACAACCCAGCUGAGUGUGACCGAGGACCCGCCAGCCGCCAGCAAGGAGGAGAAGCCUGAGGAAGAGUCAAAGUCGGCCUCUUCCCCUGUGUCCCCCCCCGCCCAGGUCCAGCUCAUCCACGACAACACCACCCCAACCAGCCCCGCAACCCCGGCCACCCCGCUGACCCCCGCAGAGGAGGCCAAGAGCCCCGGGGAGCAGAUCCAGAUGACCUGGACUGAGAAGUGUGACGGUGAGCCGGCCAAACCGCCUAGUGCAGCCACACCAGAGGGCAUCAAAGACAUCUUCAACAUGAAGCCCGAGUGGGAGAACCUGAACCAGUCCAAUGUGCGGCGUAUGCACACAGCGCUCCGGCUGAAUGAAGUCAUCAUCAAAAAGUCCUCAGAGGCCAAGCUAGUCCUCCUCAACAUGCCCGGGCCACCCAAAAACAGGACAGGUGACGAAAACUACAUGGAGUUCCUCGAGGUCCUCACUGACGGUCUCAACCGGGUCCUCCUGGUCCGCGGAGGCGGCCGCGAGGUUAUCACCAUCUACUCCUGAAAGAGCAGCCCCCUCCCAUGCCCCUCCCUCAGCCCCGUCCCUGUGUCAACCUUACUCCCACACUCUCAUCAACGCUGCUUCAUCAUUAUGUUUUCUCUCACCGCUUAUUUCUGUAAGAUAGUCCUCUCACACCCAACCAACAGCCCAGCUCAGCUUCAGCACCUCUCCCUCCGCUCCAUCCCCAGCAGACCGAUGAGCACUAUCACACGCUCAGCAACUAUAACUACUGUCAGCUCUAGACUCAUUUAGACGCUAUCUAGAUUUGUUCUUGAAGAGACUUCUUUUCCUCGCUAGUCUUCGAUGUACUGUAAUAACUGGCAUUGAGUCGGAGUCACUCUGCAAGGAGGAGGUGGUGGUGUUGGGUGUGGGUUGUUAAGCCGAGGUGUGAGCGCGCAUGCAUGUUUGUGUCCGUCUUUGUUUAAACCUUUGCAUUCCUUAUUGUUGGGUUAUUUAAAUUUUUUAUUUUUUUUUCAAAUAUAAGUGUGGCAUAACAGCAGCAGCUUCUGCUUGAAUAGGAGAACGAGAGCCUAACUGAAAUGAGCUCAACGUAGGAUUGUCUGUUUAGUUCCGUUGUGGUGAUCGCACACCUCCCACAGCGCUCCAGCCUGUUGUCUUCUAUGUGAUUUAUCUUUCAAGGCAAAAAGACACUGCUACCCACUGUCAGGACCACCAGCUGGAAGGAGAACAGAGUCCUUAAGUAUGAACUGUGAAAUUCACAUUGGUUUUCGAAGAAGACUGAAAAGGCAUGUGGAUCAAACCUUCAGUAUUAUCUUUAACCUGAUUACUCCUUAGCAUGGCGUCCUUAUAACUGUGUGGGUGUUUCUACUCCACUUGUUGUGUUACCGCCAUCACUGUCUUUCUACCUGUCCUCCUUUCAAUUGAUUUCUUAGUGGCUGUUCAUCUCCUUGGCCACUGUUAGUGCCAAAAAAAAAAAAAUACAACAAGGCUAGCUUAGUUUGUAGAGAUUGACACGUAAUUAAAACUGUGAAUAGUGCGUUUCCUACCAGAAGGCUGGUGUAACAAUGGGGAGACAGUACAAACACCCCGAGGAGAUUGUCAUUGCCAGCACCCCUCGACUCUCGUGUGGAUCACUGUAAAUAAUGUACAAGCUCUGACGCGUUGUUCAGUAUGAGUGUAGUAUUUUUGUGACAUACUAAAAAGCUUCUAGUGGAGAGAAAACAUUCCUUCGCUGAGAGGGACAGCUCAAAAACGCUGUUUUCAACGUUUAUUUAUCUAUUUAUUUAUUGGAUGGCAUAGGCUCCUGUCACUAUGGUAACCGUCAUUGUAACCUCGACAAGCACUGCACCUGCACUGUCCGCCACUGUGCAACAAAGUGAAACUUUGAUGAAUUCAUCAAAUUCAUUAAAUAAUACAAAAAAACACUAAAUGUUAUUUUUUCAUCUAGAGAACAAAUAUGUAUUUAUGUUUAUAGACAAAACUUACACAUAUUGAUGAAAUAGUUGUAUGUCAUUUUGAUUGUCACUCAAAGAUAUAUUGUUGUUUUUGCCUAAUUUAGAUUACAUUAAAUGUGCCAUAUCAAAGUAUUUUUCAAAGAGAAAUAGUGAACAAAAAUUCUAUUGAAUUAGAGGGAACAAAGUGUGCUAAAUAAAAGAAAGAAAACUGAGGUGUCUACAUGAAACUAGUACGGUAAUGAUGACACCGUAGUUGGAAAGUCGCCCUAUAGAUGAUAAAAGAAUAGAUGUUCGGACGCUCAGAUUAAAAGCCGGUAUAUCAGCUGUUACAGAAGUGAGACUUUGAACAUCUAUCGAUUGAUUAUUUAAAGGGUCAAGUCUAAAUAAAUGGAGAGGACAAUGGCUUCUGUAGCUAGGAAACUCACAUUGUCCACAAGACUGAACUCUAUGCAGUAGACUCUCCAGUGAGAUUUUAUAUCCUCUAGAUUGGUUAAGAUUUGAGCCUGACUGAAUGACUGGUAAGCAAAUCAUAUUUAGGUUCAAAAAGUGCAUCUUGGAAGGAAUGUGCAAUAGUUGAAAUCUGGACUCAUGCGAUCAUCUUAUUUAUUUUUUUACACAUAUAUUUUGUAUAUGUAGAUUUCGUAAGUCUUUAAAAAAAAAAUCCAGAAUCAUCUCACUUUGACCAAGGACAGCUGUCACUUUAAUUUAUUUCUGUUUGUUUUUUUCUGGAAGAAACUGUUUUUGGUCAUUUGCACUUGUAGUAGAAAUAUGAAUAUAAAUAAAUAAGUAUAUAUAUACAGUAUAUACAAUAUAGGGAAGCAAAACAAAUUAGUUUCUAGAACUAUUUACAAACAGUAUUUAAUGUUUUUAGUGUUGCUUGAAUGUCGGACCAUAUGUUGUGAAUGCUGCUAGUAUCAAUAGAUUUAUUUCUACUGUAAAUAGAGAUGACUAAGCAACAUUAAAGAUGAAGGGAUAAAGGGUAUAGACAUACAUAUCAGUGGUGGUGGUGGUGGUUGUUGUUUAACAAGACGAGGCUGUACCUGUAAACAUUUGGCCUGAGGUCUCUGGACAGCAUUAGCUUUCUGUUUUUAUUACAAAACUAUACUGAAUACCUUGAUGCAAUAUUAAACAACUGAGGGCAAAUCCCCCACCCGUUUAUUCUCUUUAAAAAAAAAAAAAAGCUCUCGAUUAUUACCAUGUUUAAUCCCAUAAAUAAAGUGAACCAAUUUUAACGUACCAGAUUAUUAAUUUACGUACUUUACUUCAAGAAAUUUACAGGAAUCACGAAAAUGUUUAAAUAUGAAUAUUUAUCUGCUAAACGUUACUGUUUGGAAAUUUUUAACACACCUACCUUUGACACCUGUGAUACUUAAGAAGCAGCCACUCCUAGUUUUUGAAGAUUUUAGGGUGCCAAGUCAUGAAGAUUUUCUUUAAUAUGCUUGUCACGCUUAACUCUGACAAAGGGGUUGUUUAACGCUCACAUUAGUUUUUGAAGAACAUGGCUAUUUUGGGAUUGUCGCCACAACAUUGCCUGCAUCAACUGAGCCUUUUAAAAUGUAUUCAAAAGAAAAGAUAUCAGAUGUUUAUUGGAGAAGUUUAUUGGAAAUGAAUUUAUUUAUUGAAUUAUAAAUGUUUUAUAAUUGCUGUUUGCAUGGUACUAUGUGGCAAUAUUUGUUUUAGUGGUUUCUAUAGUGAUGACUUACAUGUUCAAGGUGCAGAGUGGGGUGAAAGGUUGUCAAAUGUUGUCACCUCCUAUCAACUAUGGAGUGUUUGCCGCUCAGCCGGCGACAUGGCUAAAAACCUUGAAAACAAGUCUUUUGCAAAAAAUAAGAAAAGUAUGAGUUCACUAUAUUGUUACUUGUUAUAUUUCAAUCUUGCUCAAAUAGUCUUAUGUAACGCAAUAGGAGAUUUUGAGUUUGCGAAUGGAUGAGCUGUAGAAAUGGUCAUUUCACCUUUGUAAAUAUGGAUCACUUAAGUCAGAGACACUAUAACCUACUAGUGUUGUCUUUUGUUGUACACUGUUCUAUCACUGUGGACAAAGUCUUAGAGUUUUGUAAGAUUAUGUGCAAUAUUGUUCUCACAUUGGUAAGUUUUUACAUUUUGUCACAGUUAUGUUAUUUAUUUUCUAGACACAACUGGAGGUGUCACUUUAUUUCAUGAGAAUGUUUGUCACCAGGUGUUACAGACAAUAAAGGUCUACAGUGUUCAUCCCAAAUGUGGCUGAGACAGCAAAGCACUUUACACUGAAGGGGUACUCUGUGACAGGAUCAGUCUGCAGGAGUGUGUGUGUGUGUGUGUGUGUGGGGGGGUCUAACAAGAGCCAGCCUGCUCUGUACAGACUCUAUCCCACAGUGAUCUCUGGUGGCACACAAGUGUAUUACAGCCAGCCGUGGAGGUCUGACAGCUCGGACUACAAAAUAGAAUUAAUUCCCAUCAUGUUUAAGCAGUUUUCCGAACUGCAAUAAUCCAGAGACCUACCUGCUGAUUUUGUUUACAUCUUAUCUUUUCAGCAUUCUCUUGGACAUUUUAGCAUGCAUCACAUUCUUUCCUUUCUCUUGCCAAACUUCUUUUAAAAAAAAAAAAAAGAAUAAUAGUAACUGUUAAAUUUAUAGUGCUUGUCACUCAAUCUGUGAGGUGAGCCUUCCCAGAAUCCCUCCUCCACACCCCCAAACCCCUCUCCUCACCCCAUCUGCCCCCAAAUCCCUGGCCUCCCCCAUCCCAGCCACUAAAUCCACCCCAGCUCUGUAUUUUAAAUGUGAUUGCAGUAUAAUUCUGAAAAAUGAUCAAAGAAUAUAAAACUCGCGCUUCCAAUUCUGGCACCGGCUCUGCUUGGACGACACAAGAUAGUCGACUUAGAAACCAGCACGCCCCCUCUCCCCACAACUGAUCCAUGAUUUAGAUCAGAUCCUUCGCCUGCACAACUGUAGCAUGAGACAAACUUGCCGGUGAUCAUUACUCAGUCUCCAUCCUUAAAUGGAUAUUAAGGGCUCUGAAACACAUCUGUUACCGGGUUGAGGAGGCUGUCCUGUUAAGACACCAACAGAGAAAAUAUCAAACAAGUCCCAGAUUACGACAGAGAGGGCACACACAGUCUGUAGCUCAGAUAAGAUCGUAACCUUUAGUAUAUUUUCACAGAAGCAGCAGACAGAUGUGCCUGAUGUUGGAGGCAAAGCUGCACUUACAUUACACACAGUCGACCUCUCUGGGAGCUAAAGAGAAGAACUCAAGUGGCUAUCCACGCAGUGCAAGCAGAGCCAGGUCCCAGUCAUGUUGUGUAACUCAGUGCAUGCAUGCAAUUACCCUGAACAAGGUGUAUUGAAAAUAUAUUGGGUGUUUGUGGUAUAAAAGUAUUUUGUUUAUAUCAGUUGGGAUAUUUUCUUUCAAGUAGUAUGUUUUUUUUUCUUCUUCUCUUUCCUUAGGACUGGCCAAUCAUUGUAUCCAAGAUGAAUAUUAUUAUAGUACAAGAUUCUAUUUUUAUGGUAGAUUUAUUGACAGGGUCUUCUUAUUGUGUCAAAUAUUAUCUGGAGAUAAACUGAUUACCAAAGUAUAUUUCAGUUAACUACAUAAAUGAUGGUGUGCAAAUGUGUGCUCCCGUGAAUUAGACGCAGACAAGUAAAUACUGUUUACUAUUUUACAACAUUUUGUAACAAUUAUCAUUAAUAGAUUUAAAAAAAAAAGUUUGUGUCAAUAGGGUAAAACUAUGAAGUGCCAAAAUAGGAGGAGAAGCCUGCAAAUCCAGAAUUUGGUGGAAGUCGCAUGCCUGUCCAAAACUGUUCAUUUACCCACUUUUCAGUAAAUAACUGGGGUUAGGCUAUAUCCAGUCAAUUAUAUUCAGUGAAUGUAUUAACUACAAAGGUUACCAAUCACCAAAACUGGUCAGUCAUGUCAACAUUCAGACCUUUAAAGAAAAAACUUCUCAGCACAUAGACUGGAAACAGGGAAACUGUCCAACGGUUACAAAAUCCACCUAGCAGCAUCUCUAAAGCUCAUUUAUUAACUCCUUGGAUCGGGUUUGUUUAAUCCAUUCAAAACCAAAGUAUAAAAAAGAUUAUACAAAUUUAUAAAUACACAUACAUUUCAUUAGAAUUGUACCUUGUAUGAUUUCAUGUGACAAAUAUCGAUUGAUUUUAUCUUCAGGUUACUGGUCCCGACCGGAAAUAGUACGGUCCAUAACCUCAUAAAACCGUUUUUACGUCGUUUUUUGUACGGUUUAAACGUGUUAGUUAUUGAGCUUUGGAUUGUGUUAUCUUUGGACAGAGCCAUUAUCCAGUCUGUGUGCUUCAUAUUUAACUGACAGACCUGAGUGGUAUCGAUUUUCUCAUUUUACUUUUGGGAACAAGCAAUUUCCCGGAAUUAAUUUUCCUUUAAUACUUUAUGGCCUUUGACAAAUACAGUAUUUUAUUUAAAAACCAUACCUCCCUAUAGAGGAAUCUCGUCACUGUCCAGGUUUGUUUUUAAUUCACUGGAGUUGUGGGAAACAUUUUGUAUGGAUGUUUGACAAAUGUAACGGAUGUAGGUAUAGAUGAUAUAUACAGCAAACACACAAAGACACACCUGUUUUGAAUUUUGGUAAUAUGAAAGGGUUUUUCAUUCAGAACCGUUCAUUACUAUACCUUGAUACUGUACCUGGUCUUAUGGUAAAGCCGUAGCGUGUUCCUUUCAGUUCUGUGGGAGUGUGUAUGUGUGUACAUGUAACUGCUGGGGGCGAGCUGGGAGGGGGCUACAUGUAAAUAAAUCAAAUACAGUUAG